AUGGAGAACCCAAAGUAUACUGCAGACUACAGCAAGUUUGACCCAGAGGCCUACUGCAGUACUAAUUUUAGAACCAUUGAAGGACCGGUGGGUCAAAAGCAAAUGAGACUUUUCAUUUUUGAUUCUCUUCAGGAAAUCUAUAAUUCUGGUGAAAUAUCCGGCGAAAUGCUUCUGGACGUGGGCACCGGACCAACUGUGUAUAAUUUAACCAGCGCUGCUCCUCACUUCUCUAACAUCUACCUCAGUGAUUUUAGCGAAGUCAAUCGGAACGCCGUCUGGCGGUGGCUGAUAAACGAUCCACAGGCCAAUGACUCUUCUCACUUCUUUGAAUACGUAAGCGGUCGUCAGAAAAAAGGAACUGCUUCCUCAUGCUUGGAAGACGACUUACGCAGCCGGAUCAAAGGUAUUCUACAUUGCGACAUGACGCAACCAAACCCUUUGUUUCCAUCGAUGUUUCCCCCAUUUGACGCCAUCAGCUCGAGUCUUUGCCUCGACGUUGUUCCCUCUGGUACCUUGGUCGGCUACCAAGCAGCGGCGAAGAAUGUAACGUCACUUCUCCGUCCCGGGGGUUGGGUGGUCCUGGUUGGCUCAUUGGGCUGUAACUUUUACCGCUUCGGUAAUUGUCGAUAUCCUGCUAUUCCAAUGACGUCAUCAAAUCUAAAGCAAAUCUGGACGGAUAUCGGGUUCACGAUAAAAGUUUGGAAGCAAUACGACAUGACUGAAGCGGACAUGGCUGUUAACCAAACUUCUGAUUCAAAAGGAAUGUUUUGUAUGGCUGCUAAGAAAGAAAACUGA